UUUUAUUGAAAAGAUAAGGUGAAUAAUUAGCGCCUUGAGAUUGUUACUUCCAUUAGAUAAGGGUCCAAGUACGAGGCUGUCAAAGAUCCGGUUGAGCUUCUACUUAGAAGAACCAGAGUGUAAGAUUUUAUGCCACUAAUUAAGAUGGAGUUUUCACCAUUAACACAGAUCUCAGAGUGUUUCAUCAAACCAAAGCAUGAAGUAGAAGAAUCAAAGCAACCCUAUCACUUAUCUCCUUUCGACAUAUUACUUCUUUCUGGCCACUACCUUCAGAAGGGUCUCCUCUUCACAAAACCAAAACAAGACGUCUUAUCAAUAUCCUCCUCUAUUGACAAACUCUUAGAAAGCCUUAAACACUCUCUUGCUCUCACUCUUGUCCAUUUCUACCCACUUGCUGGUCAACUUAACACAAUUGUCGACAAUGAUCAUGGUCGUAGCUUGGUCUAUGUCGAUUGCAACAAGGGUCCUGGUGUGCGCUUUGUGCACGCUACGCUCGAUAACACGACAUCAGAUAUCAUCUCCCCGCCUCGCGUUCCUGCUGCGGUUAACACCUUCUUCGACCACAGCCAUGGGGAAGUGAAUUAUGAUGGGCAUACCAGGCCGUUAUUGUCAAUUCAAGUGACUGAGUUGAUUGAUGGCAUAUUUAUAGGUUGUUCUAUGAAUCAUGCUAUUGUGGAUGGGACCUCAUUCUGGCAUUUUUGGAAUGUCUGGUCUGAUAUACAUCGAGCAAAUAACGCUGUUAUCACACGCCUACCGAUUCAUAAACGUUGGUUUCCUGAUGGGUAUAGCUCUAAAGAUAUGUAUCUACCAUUCAUUGAUCAUAAAGAAUUCAUAUACAGGUAUGAUCCACCUCAAUUGGUAGGUAGAUUCUUCCAUUUCUCAUUGGAGACAAUAACAAAUCUCAAAGCCAGAGCUAAUGAAGAAAUUGGCAAUACCAACAAGGUCUCCUCCUUUCAAGCUCUCAUAGCAUUUGUUUGGAGGUCUAUCAUACAAGCCAAAGGGUUAAACCCUAACCAACUAACACAUUGCAAGUUAGCUGCAAACAACCGGACAAGAUUAGAGCCUCCCUUGCCUGAAGAAUACUUUGGCAACUUACUUUCAAUCCUAGUAUCAACUACCACAGUUGGCGAAUUGCUCGAACAAAGCUUUGGGAAGACAGCCUUAUCAUUGCGCCAGUUAGUGGUAAAUCAUACAAACAAAGACGUGCACAAUUUCGCACAUUCAUGGUUCAAGUCUCCUUUUAGCGCUAGAUUUGAUAGACUGUUGGUCAAGGAACCAAACAGUACACUGCAUGUAGGAAGCUCGCCGCGAUUUAACAUAUAUGGGAAUGAGUUUGCAGGAAUUGGGAAACCAAUUGCGGUUCGUAGUGGGGUUGCAAACAAGUUUGAUGGGAAGCUGAAUUUGUACCCAGGAAAUGAAGGAGGAGGAAGUGUAGAUGUGGAAAUAUGUUUACCAUGUGAUUCCAUGAGAGCACUUGAAGCUAACGAGGACUUCAUGGCUGUUGUAUCUUCUCCAAAAUAAAUGACGUCGAGCUAUUUUUCUGCAACAUCCUCUACAGUAUCGUCAGCGUAGUAGAGUUUAACCACCAAGUUGAGGAUGGAUUGGU